CCACCCCGCUGGUAUGUCAUGUCUGUGUAUUCCUAUCGUAGUUGUUAAUUAGGAUAGUCUUAACGUUAGAUUUAACUUAAUUUUAAGUUUAGUGUAAGAAGUCUAUUUAAUAAUGGAAGAGUACGAAUACGGGUACGUAUUAAUUUUUGUUUAGUAAAAGAUUUGUUAUCGGCGUUCGGUGGUGGCGCCUAAAUCACUUUACGCAAAAUUGACGGAAGUUGUGUAGCUGCCAUUGCGGUUUGGUCGCUUCAUAAGUACGUGGUGUUUGUUAAAACGACCGGCUGUUAAAAGAGUGAGGUGCAUUUUUAUUUUUUUACUGAAUAUUAUGCGAAUGUUGAGAAUACCGCAAGAAGUUAUGGACGACGACGAGAAAGGUAAACUAUUUGUGGGUGGUUUAUCAUGGGAAACAACACAGGAUAAUCUACAGAGGUACUUCUCAAGGUAUGGAGAAGUCAUUGAUUGUGUGGUGAUGAAAAAUGCUGAAUCAGGUAGAUCCAGAGGAUUCGGCUUUGUUACUUUUGCAGACCCAUCUAAUGUAAAUGUGGUUUUGCAAAAUGGACCACAUACUUUGGAUGGAAGGACUAUCGAUCCCAAGCCAUGCAACCCGAGGACCUUACAAAAACCAAAAAAGGGAGGUGGUUAUCCCAAAGUGUUUUUGGGAGGUUUGCCAUCAAAUGUGACUGAAACGGAUUUAAGAAGUUUUUUCACAAGAUUUGGUAAAGUUAUGGAAGUUGUCAUCAUGUAUGAUCAGGAAAAGAAAAAGUCCAGAGGUUUUGGAUUUUUAUCAUUUGAAGAUGAAGAGGCUGUAGAUAGAUGCGUUAGCGAGCAUUUUGUCAACUUGAAUGGAAAACAGGUGGAAAUUAAAAAGGCCGAGCCCCGUGACGGUAGCGGCGGCAAUAAGAUGGGCGGCGCUGAUCCAUCAUCUGCUUGGGGCCCCCCACAACCGCCCAUGGGCAUGAUGCAGGGUCCCAAUGGACAGAUGGGAGGUCCACCCAUGAAUCUUGGGGCCCCGAUGGGUCCCAACAUGAUGCAGAGUUAUCAAGGAUGGGGCACCUCACCUCAACAGCAAAGCUAUGCUGGAUACGGUACUCCCUCAGGUCCUGGUUCAUAUCAGGGUUGGGGAGCUCCACCAGCGCCUCAAGGACCGCCACCCCAGUGGGGAAACAACUAUGGUGGCCCACCUCAACAACAAGGUUAUGGAUCUUACGGUCCCAAUGCCGGAAGCGGUGCGGCUAGCUGGAACAGCUGGAAUAUGCCUCAAAACAGCGGAUCCACAGGCCCAUCCGGGUAUAUUACAGGGGAUAUGUACUCGAGGCAGCAGUCUGGGCCCGGCGGUACACCGACGCCCAGCGCUGCAGCCCCAAACAUGUCCUCUAGCGGCGGCAACUCGAAGCCCGGGUCUGAUUACUCGAACUACGCCGGCUACGGAUCAUAUGCGACAGAUGCUAGCGGCUACGGAGCCCCGCCUCCCCGCAGCUAUGGCAGCGAUGCCGGUUCCCAAGUAGGAGGAUACUCUUCGCAGCCGCAGAACGCAGGUGCUAAACAUUUUAACGAUUAUAAAGAAUGGCCGAGUUCUUGACAACCUUUUGACUUGAUCUGUGCCGAGAACGCGCCUCCCGCCAUCACGCCAUCCUCGCACCGCCCCCUUACCGCCCAUCGUACUGUCUAUUACAACCGCAACGGCACCGCAGCCACAAAAAUAUAGGCCAAGCCGGCGGUGGGGCGGCGGACAUGCCGGACCGUAUGGCCGGAGUCGCGUUCAAGCACCUAAACGGCACUUUAAAUAACCUAACAAAUAAUAUGGGUGUGUGUUGUAACAGUUGGAAACGUGUUGGCUUGAUAAGUGUAAGAAGAGCCGGAGCCGGGAUGGUCACAUCGGUACUCGAUUAUUCUGAUUAGACAGACAUAUGAGUUGCCGCGACGUUGCCGUUGUUGGAGGUCGAUCUCCUCCCACUCCUACUCUCGCUACUCCUCUAGUUGUUGUGUGCGACAUCUGGCGGCGACAAAGGCGCUCGCCCUCUAUAUUUCUAGCUCGCUCGCUCUAAACACACGGUGUCGUCGUCGUCGUCGUCUUGUCCCACCCACCUCUUUCUACGUUUCUUUGCUUUUAUUUAAUUAUUUUAAUUAAUUAAUACUUUUAUAACAUCUAUCAAUUUUUAUUUAAUUAUUAUUGCAUAUUCCAUUAUUUAACUACACUGUCGGCCACAAUAUUUGCAACUUUCUACCUAAUAUUUCUCUAUUAAAUUAAAAAUUAUUCGUAUUUUU